AUGGGUGCCAUCAAAUACUCCGAUCGAGCCAUUCCUCGAAUCAGCCUGGCCAACUUCGAUGAUCGCAUCGACGAGAUCACAACACAACUCGUACACGCCGCUGAGACGGAUGGCUUCUUCUCCUUGACAGACACGGAAAUCACAAUCCCUGAAAUUGACGCCAUCUUUGGAACAUCAGCGUCCUUCUUCGACCUCCCAGAUGAGGUCAAGGCGACUGUACCCUUUACGACCAACAAUGUCGGCUGGGAGAAGAAAGGACAGAUCAGACCUUCUACUGGCGUCGCAGAUCAGAAAGAAAGCUACCAGCUCCAAUUCGGAGACAACAUGACCGAUAAAUGGGUCGCGGAGGAAGCCUUGCCGCAUUUCAAACGUGAUGCUCAGCUCUUCAUGCGGAAAGCACAGAGUCUGUCAGAGAAGCUCAUGUUGUGCUUUGCAAGAGGCUUGGGGUUCCCCGAUGACUACUUCAUCAAGGCUCAUGAUACGAGCCGACCCGACUGUCAGUCUGUUCUGCGCCUGUUGCACUACUUUCCUGUUGACUCUACUGCGCCAUUGCCCGCGGAUUAUCAUCGAGCUGGAGCUCACGCAGAUUGGGACCUGUUGACUCUACUUUUCCAGCGGCCUGGACAGAGUGGGUUGGAAAUMUGUCCAGGACGGGAAGUCGUGACCGAGUUUGGCAUGGGUGAUACGUGGACUCCAGUUGAAUUUGCUCCGGGCGACAUCGUCUGUAACAUUGGAGACCUGAUGAUGUCUUGGUCGGACGAUCGCUUCAAGUCGACCUUCCACCGCGUCAAGGCACCGACGGAUCCGGAGAAGGAUUACUUUGGUCCGAGGUAUUCCAUUGCUUUCUUCAACCAGCCAUGUACGGACUGCGAGAUUCAGGGGCCGUUGAAGAAGUAUCCCAAGGUCACGGGAGCAGAGUUCACCAAGAAUGCCAUGGCAAGGAAUUAUCAGGCGUUGAAGGCGAAACAAGCGGAGAAUGCGGAGUGA